AUGUCUAAAGAUGCCACGCCCACAUCCGCCGUCGAAUUCUUCGACUCCGGCGCCGCCAAAUACGAACACUCAACCGGCGCAUGCACCCGAGACGUAGCCAAGUCGCUCCUCCAACUGCCCAUCCUGCAGGACUUCCCCGCCGGCUCCGUGCUCCUCGACAACGCAUGCGGAACGGCAAUAGUCGCUGAGGAAAUCAUCCUGCGAUGCAAAAGGUCAGGCAGACCGGUCCCUGAAAUACGGGCUGUCGAUCCGGCUGAAAAUAUGGUUGCCAUGGCGCAGCAAAAGAUAUCCACGCUUGGUGCGGGGGGUACAUGUAAAGUGAUGGCUAUGCCGGGAGAAAAGUUGGACUUUCCAAAUGGUUCGUUUACGCAUAGUGUUACGAAUAUGGGGAUUUUGUUCUUCAAGGAUGGGGCUGCUGGCGCCAAGGAGAUCUAUCGCACGCUCAAGCCUGGUAGUGUUGCUGUCGUUACAUCUUGGUCUGAUUUGGGGUAUUUGAAGGGUGUCAUUCAGCCGGCUCAAAAGGAGGCGAGGCCGAAUGACGUGCCGUUUGUUCUGCCCAUUUCACAAGAUUGGUUCAAGCCAAGCCAUGUGAAGAAAGUGUUGGAGGAGGACGGCGGGUUUAAGAAGGUCGAAAUUCAGGAAGUUGUUGCGCACUAUGGAGCUUCAAGCUUGGCUGAGUUGCAGGACAUGUUGCUCACUAUAUUUACGCAGUUGUGGAGCAAUUGGUCUGACGAGGAAAAGACAACGUUCAAAGCAGCCAUGGCUAAGCGUCUCGAAGCAGUUGCUGAGCCAUAUACCAAGCCAAGUGGAGAGCCCGGCUUGGGCAUCAGGAUGAAGGCCAUUGUAGCCGUUUGUCAAAAAUAG